AUGCAUUUCUCGAACGUUGCUAAUGUUUUUGUGCUGCCGGCGCUUGCCCAAGCUGCCGCACUUACUCGAGUAUCAAACUAUGGUGGAACUGCCAGUUCAAAGACUGAGAUGUAACGUGACCGUAACAAUAAGUUACUCAAAGCACUCGCUAAUCAUGUACACUAGGUGGGUAUACAAACCCGACAAUGUCAAAGCGAAUCCCGCCUUAGUUGUGAGUACUCUCAUGCUCUUGACCUUCUGGCAAACGGGUACAUACUAAUCACAUCCUCAGGUAGUAAUCCACUCUUGCCAAUCAACAGCACAACAAUACUUUGCCAACUCCAAAAUCCCAUGGCAUCAAGGAUCCGACGCUGGUGGGUACAUUACUGUCUGGCCUACGAGUCCAAACAGCGGAACAUGUUGGGAUGUAAGCUCAUCCAAGUCUCUCAAAAGAGAUGGAGGGGGAGACUCAACCGCCAUUGCGAAUAUGAUUAAAUAUGCAAUCCCACAGUACAACAUUAAUGCAACAAGGGUUUAUGUAACAGGUGGUUCAUCUGGAGCUAUGAUGGGGAAUGUUCUUGCUGCGACGUAUCCGGAUUUGAUAAAAGCUGUUUCUGUGUACUCGGGUGUAGCUGCUGGAUGUUUUGUUGGUCAAGGUGUUGCACAGUGGAAUAAUGCUUGCAGUGAGUCUCCUUCAGCUUAAUCGACCAUGACGCGAUUGUAUGUUGAUAUCAUUAGGCGGAGGAACAAGCACCAACACACAAGCUGGAUGGGCAAAAAUCGCGGAAGACAUGUAUCCUGGCUACAAUGGAACCCGCCCAAAGAUGCAAAUCUGGCAUGGAUCUGCUGAUUCGACGAUUGCUCCUCAAAACUACCAAGAAGAAUUGAAGCAAUGGACUGGUGUAUUUGGAGUUACCAUGACGGCGUCGGAGAGUAAAUUCAACACCCCAGAAGCAUCAUACGUAUGUCCCCAAUCUCUUUCUCUCGCAUCUAGCUUUUUUUCUGCAUCUAACGAAGAAGGAGGAGCUGACUAUUCGAUUCCUUAGACAACUUCUAACUAUGGUCCAAAUGUUCAAGGCAUCUAUGGCCAAGGAGUGGGUCAUUCCGUUCCUUCUCAUUUGAAGGUUUCUGAGGCUUGGUUCUCGCUUCCUUGAAACUCUAACGAGGAAAGGAUAUAUAUGAUGGGGAGCAGGAAAAAAUGUACAUAGCUGUCUUUGAAGAACAACCAAAUUUCUGCAAUUGCUUGAAACAUUCCUCAAGUGCUUGUGGGACUCGCCUCGGAACUUAUAUAUUUGAUUUGCUCUUCACAGCUUUCUCUUCAUGUCCUCUCCCUUCAAU